AAAUGCUAAUUUGAAUUCUCUUUAUUCUGGCUCCCCUGCGCCUAUGGCACCGUCACCGUUUUCUUUAACUUCUCUUUAAAAUGCCAUAUUUCUUCCAUUUUUUGUUCUUAAUCUAAUAUAUUAUUUUGAAAGAAUUCGUUUUCAAGUUUAAAAAGUCGAAAACCAAUGGAGCAAAACCUUAUGAACGGUCGGAUUUCACCUCCCACCUCCGUAAAUCGCGGCAGAACCGCUAGACCAACGAGUACGCCUCUCCAGCCUAACUACAGUAGCCGAGCUGUUCAAGAAGCAUUGGAACACUUAGCAUGUGUUAAUUUAAUCGAGUUAUGCAGCGAAGCGAAAGUCGAGCAUUGUCGUGCAACUAGAGAUUUACGAAGUUGUGGACGCUAUGUACAUUCUGCAUUGAUCUCAUGUGGGCAUGCCUCGUUAUGUUCAGAAUGCAGUCAACGGUGUGAUCUUUGUCCAAUAUGUAGAAUCCCUCUUCCAAAGAAUGGCAAUAGGCUCCGACUUCGCCUAUACUACGAGUGUAUAGAGGCUGGCCUUCUUUCUAAAACGUGUGAUGAAAGGUUUCAGGAGAAAGAAGACGGAGAGGAUCAAUUGGCUGCUGAUGUUCAACGGCUUUACUCUUUAUUUGAUGUUGCUCUGGAUAGUAACUUGGUUUCUAUGAUCUGUCACUAUGUAACAGAUGUUUGUAUGGAUGAAAGUGCCGUGUCCAGCGACCCUGUUGUUGCUUUCUUGUUGGACGAAGUUGUUGUGAAGGAUUGGUGCAAGCGAACAUUCAGAAGCAUUUUAUUGGAACUCCAAGAGCUAUAUAACCUUGAAGGAGAAGAAAUAAAGUCUCAGUCGAAUGUUCUUGUUAAGUUUUCAGGACAUCUGGCUGGAUUGUCUAAUGUUCUAGAAGUUUUGGAGUCAUCAUUUAAGGGUAAUCUUUCAGCACAGCUUCAUGACUUGCAGAUCCUUCAAGAGAGCAUUUUGAAGACAAAGCAGCAUAUGGAGAUUAUGAAAUGGUGUAUAAGGCACCAAUUUUUGGAGAAUGUCGAGUCUCGUCAUGAUAACUUUACGUCAUGGCGUUCUAUUGUUCGUCAGAGAAAAUCAGCUGCAACUUCACGUUCUUGGCCAGAUGUAGUAAAUCAAUCUGCGGACUCUAGUAUGCAAUCUGGUUCCUUGUUCAUUGAAGAUGCUUUGUCAAAUUUUGAGAUAGAACAGGGAUAUAUACAAAAUAUAGGAGAGGAAAUGGAACUUGCAUCUUUGCAGAAGGAUCGGGGGUCAUUUUUUAGGUCCAAGAUAGAGGGGGUGGCAGGAUGCUAUCCAUUUGAAAGUCUUCGAGCUGCAGUUGAUGUGCUCUUUCUGCAUGGGAGUUCUGAUAUGGUGGUUGCAAAGCAAGCAAUUUUACUUUAUUACUUUUUUGAUCGUCAUUGGACAAUGCCUGAUGAAACUUUGAGGGACAUCAUAGAAGACUUUGCAGCUACAUUUGGUAUAACCAGGCAUGCAUUAUUUGAAUCGCUGGUCUUUUAUCUUCUAGAUGACCACAAAGAUGAAGCUCUUAAGAAAGCAUGUGAACUUCUUCCUGAGAUCUCAAGCCCAUCAACUCAUCCUAAGAUCGUUCAAGUGUUGUUAGAGAGGGAAGCACCUGAAGCAGCUUUAAUGGUCUUACGGUGCUCUGGACGUGAUGGCUCUCAAAUGGUUACACUUAGGGAGGCUGUUACAGCAAUUCGGGUGAGGGUUGAGUGUGGACUUCUGACUGAAGCAUACAUGCAUCAGAGAAUGCUUUGUGCCAAAGUCAAGGAAAAAAAGCGGAAGGAUGGACUGCCUGAAGACUCUACCACUAAGUUAAAAGGUGAUUACAAGACUUGGGAGGACUGGGUGGAGGUGUUAGUAAGUGAGAUUUGUUGUCUUUGCAUCAAGAUCAAAUUGGUUGACCGCAUGAUAGAGUUGCCCUGGAGCUUAGAUGAGGAAAAACAUAUUCAUAAAUGUCUUCUAGAAUGUGCAAUCGAUGAUCCUUCGUCAACCACCGGAAAUCUUCUUGUUGUAUUUUAUCUUCAGCGUUACAGAUAUGGUGAAGCAUACCAAGUUGACCUGGAACUUCAGAAUGUAGAGCGAGAUUUUAUUUCAAAGCAUUCUGUCGAUAAAGAAAUUCUUUCAAGAAUGAGAUCCGCUAGUAACUGGAGAGCAGGACUUGUUGCUAAAUCCAUUGAGUUGCUACCACAAUCCCAACAGCAACUAGCAAAAGCUGGAAAACUAUCACCCGACUCCUAUAAUAUAUCUGGCGAACAAGUUGAAAUGCCAACAAAGUCUGAUCUUCCCACAGUACAACUGCCAAAUUCAAGCAGCAUACUGAUUCCCCCAUACGAUGGUUCCUCUCCUCUUCUGCAGACAAAUAAUACAACACCAUUUAUAUCAUCAGUUCUGGAAACACCAAUACCCAGCAAGUCUGUUAACAAGCCUCAUUUUGAAGUUGGUAAUAUUGAACUUUCAUCGCGUCCGCAUGAAAGGUCGUCUACACAAGUUAGGUUUCACAGGAGUGCGAGAUAUGAUGGAACCCCAACUCAUGGUUUCCCUCGUGGUAGUCCAAUGAGCUCCACACCAUUAAAGGAUAUUAACCGAACUUCUUCCAAAGUGCUACCAGACAAUCGCCUGUUUCAUGGUCAAAUGGAUAAAUUGUCUCCAGCAAUGGAACAAAAUGGGUUCAGUUACAUGUCACCGCAAGCACCCAGAUCUUCUCACAGGAUCACGACCAAUCCAAUUGCUAUGUCUCAUGGUAGCCGUGGCUUCCCUAAGGAUUCUGCACGCUCUUCUAGUAAAGAGAUUCAUUCUCUUAGACCAGAUGACGGGUCUUGGAACAUAAUAUCUGGAGAUGAUUUAAUGGACACCGGUGCAAGUGGCAGAGAGAGGAGUUUCACCAAUGAAGGAAAUGUAAAUGGUGGGCCACGAUGGAGGUCUGAUGAAUCCAGCGACGAGGAAGGGGAGUAUAAUUUAGAGAAGGCUGUCGGAGGAGCUUCUAUUACAACAGCUAGAAGAGGAAUCAGAAGAAGUAGAUUUGCUAAAAGAUGAAAAUCAAUGUCGGCCAUUCUGAAUACAAAUGAUCCCCGUGUUUAUGUGUGAUUGUUCUUCAAAUUAAUCCAUGAUUUUUGUGGGGUUAAGAGGGCUGCACUGCUGAAGCAACAUGAAUGAACGGUGAAGCAAAGCCAUAAUUUUGUUUGGUUAAAGACGGUGGCACUGCUAAAAAGCAAGUUUCCCUGUGAGGUAUACAAGCAUAUAGUUAGUAUUUAUAGGUUGGUGGGUUGAAAGAUCCAAGCCCGUGAGAUUCAGGGUCAACCUAUUUUUUUUUUGUUCUCAAUUGUGGGUGGAUACUUGAUAUUUUUGUAUCAUGGCCAGUAAUUAAAAUCCUGUAUCAAAUUUCCCGUUUUCCUAUUUUGCAGUUCCCAGAAGUUUUUGCAA